UAAAAUAUGAAAAAACACAAGUCGUCUCUCUUUCUUUCUCCUCUUCAACUUCGCUAAUCGACGGCGAAGAAAAGCAAUUUCAUCAGCUUCUUAGAUUCGCCAUGGCCGUCGAUAGCGGAAUGGAUCUGCUCAGCGAGAGAGCUGUGCUGAUGAGAGAGUCUCUCCAGAAGAGUCAAACCAUCACCGAUAAUGUCGUCUCCAUCCUCGGCUCCUUCGAUAGCCGUCUCUCCGCUCUCGAAUCCGCCAUGCGUCCCACUCAGAUUAGGACGCAUGCGAUAAGGAAAGCUCACGAGAAUAUUGAUAAGACUCUCAAAUCCGCUGAGGUUAUUCUGUCUCAGUUUGAUCUCCUCCGUCAGGCAGAGACUAAAGUACUCAAGGGGCCACAUGAGGACCUGGAGAGUUAUUUGGAGGCAAUAGCUCAACUCAGAAAAGUUAUUCGUUAUUUUAGCAGCAACAAAGGCUUUAAGAACAGUGAUGGAGUCCUCAACCAUGCUAAUAGCUUGCUUGCUAAAGCUCAGUCUAAGCUGGAGGAGGAGUUUAAACAGUUGCUAGUUUCUUACAGCAAAGCUGUGGAGCCUGAUCGCCUUUUUGAUGGCCUUCCUAACUCACUGAGACCAUCCGCAGACGGUGAGGGUAAUGGAAAAGCCCACGGAGGACACCAUAACGAUGACUCAGAAACUGCUGCUUAUACACUUCCAGUCCUCAUUCCAUCAAGGGUGUUGCCACUUUUGCAUGAUUUGGCUCAGCAAAUGGUUCAAGCUGGUCACCAGCAACUGCUGCUACAAAUUUAUAGAGAAACACGUACUUUUGUAUUGGAAGAGAGCUUAAGGAAAUUGGGAGUUGAAAAACUUAGCAAAGAGGAUGUUCAGAGGAUGCAGUGGGAAGUUUUGGAGGCCAAAAUUGGAAAUUGGAUCCAUUUCAUGCGCAUUGCUGUUAAAUUGCUCUUUGCCGGAGAAAGGCAAGUAUGUGACCAGAUAUUCCGAGGCUUCGAUUCUCUUAGUGAUCAGUGUUUUGCAGAAGUUACAGUGAGCAGUGUCUCAAUGCUACUUAGCUUUGGGGAUGCCAUAGCUAGAAGCAAGAGAUCUCCAGAAAAGUUGUUUGUACUGUUAGACAUGUAUGAGAUAAUGCGGGAGCUUCAUACAGAGAUUGAGACAAUUUUCAAAGGUAAAGCAUGCCUUGAAAUUAGAAACUCUGCUACGGGGUUGACAAAGCGGCUGGCUCAGACUGCUCAGGAAACAUUUGGUGACUUCGAAGAAGCUGUAGAAAAAGAUGCUACAAAGACUGCUGUUCUAGAUGGGACUGUCCACCCACUAACAAGCUAUGUCAUCAACUAUGUCAAGUUCUUAUUCGACUACCAAGCGACUUUGAAGCAACUUUUCUCGGAAUUUGGAAAUGGAGACGACUCGAACUCUCAGCUUGCAUCCGUAACAAUGAGGAUAAUGCAGGCGCUUCAAAACAACCUGGAGGGAAAAUCGAAACAGUACAAAGAUCAAGCACUGACACACUUGUUCUUGAUGAACAACAUACAUUAUAUGGUUAGAUCUGUGCGCAGGUCUGAAGCUAAGGAUUUGUUAGGCGAUGAUUGGGUUCAAAGGCAUAGGCGUGUCGUUCAGCAACAUGCAAACCUAUACAAAAGGACUGCUUGGACAAAGAUAUUACAAACCUCGUCGGCGCAAGGGUUGACCUCGUCCGGAGGAGGAAGUGUAGAGGGAGGAAACAGCAGCGGAGUUUCAAGAGGGUUAUUGAAAGAGAGGUUCAAGAUGUUCAAUAUGCAAUUUGAUGAGUUGCAUCAAAGACAAUCGCAAUGGACAGUUCCAGACACAGAGCUAAGAGAGUCACUAAGACUUGCUGUUGCUGAAGUAUUAUUGCCUGCUUAUAGAUCAUUCCUCAAACGCUUUGGGCCUCUGGUUGAGAGUGGGAAGAAUUCUCAGAGAUACAUAAAGUAUACAGCUGAAGAUCUUGAGAGAUUGCUGGGUGAGUUGUUUGAAGGAAAGUCUAUGAAUGAACCACGACGGUAAAAUCAAACAAACCAAAGCUAAUUGUGUAAGGUAAAUUUCUGUCAAACUACUUCUCUUCUGUCUCCGUUGUAUAUGGAGUGUCGACAAUUUGUGUUUGUUUGUUUGUAUUUUUUUUAGUGAUGAGUGUGUAAAUUACUUGGAAACGAGUUAUUUCUCUUU